AUGGAGUCGGGGUCGCCUCUCUCCGCAGCGCCCGCUACACAGCAUCCCGAGCAGCCCGCUGCCACCGCACCCGACUCGACUUCGCUCGGACCCGUCGACUCGGCACCAUCUCCCGCCGCAACGGUCAAGUUCACCUUGCAAGGCCACUCGCCAGCCUCAGACGCCCUUGCGCAAGCUCCCGCGCAGCCGGCCACGCUUCCCGAGGCAGCCGCCGCCCCUUCGUUCGCCCCGCCCCAGGCUGAUUCGGCGCAGGACGAGGCGAUGUCAAUUGACGGUGUCGCGGGCGGCGGGGAACUUAGGGAAGCCACGGCGAAGGAAGAGUUGCAGGACUUUACGGCGGCGGAGAUGGAGGGCGUCGAACGCGGCGAUGACUUGCGCUCGACGGAGGGACUUGCCGAGGAGAAGGGCGGCGAGGGACCGCUCAACCCGGACGAGCCGACGCUCGCUGAGAUCACUCCGAUGAAAGAAGAUUCUGGGGAACCGGUCGCCGCGGCAAAGGAGGAGGUUGCGGGAACGGCCGACGCUCUCGCCUCUGCAGGCGGCAGCUCCGAAUCCGAAACGCCCUUCGCAUCGCCCAAACUACGCCAAGCUUCGCCUGCCGCCUCAGACGCUGCUUCUGACUCCGCGAACGCCGCCGCGGUAGCUACCUCGAGUACUGCGCCGGCCCAGAAGCCUGCUGCAGCCAUCGAGCUCGCCCACCCUAUGUCCGCCUACACCUUCGCCAACACCGCCCUCGUUCCCGUCGCCUCAACAUCGACAAACCCUUUCCACUUCCUCAACUUUCCGCCCGAGAAGCUGGAGGAGUCAUGGGUCCGCAGCAAGCGUGGCGACGACCCCGAAGCGUACCUCGUCCCCGACACCGAGGCGGGCUACUUCGCUACGGCUGCCGAGAUGGAGGCAAGCAAGAAGCGCGAAGAUGCUCGUCAAGCUCGCGUUCGCACGAAGCUCGCCGAGAUCAACGGCGCGAGGGCGGCGACGGCGACUCCUCCGCCUUCGAGCAAGGGGAAGGGCAAGGGCAAAGCGAAGACGGCCAAGGUUGUUGCCGAUGGUCCUGGACCGCGGCGCGGUCGACCGCCCAAAUCUGCCCUCCGCACCGUCCAGCCCGCAUCUGGGUCGCCUGCUUCCGAUCAGGCUGGUGCUGGCGGUGCCGAGGCCGACCAGGACGUCGGCGAGAAUGGCGAUGCGAGCGACGGCUCGGUGCAGGUCGUCGAGGUCGCCCCGAAGGCCGUCAAGGUCAUCCAGUCUCGCUUCAACAAGCAGCUGGCUCUCUCUCUCCUCCCCGACGACUUGCAGAACGCGCUGCCCGCCUACAUGAAACCACAUCCCGCCUUUGUCGAUCUUCUCGAACUCCCGCCUCACUACCUCCCGCGCGACGUAGAAUUCGACGAUCUGCCAGAGACGACUCAGCCGCUUCCGAAGAGGCCGGUUCCGUCCGCCGGUCGCGCCCAGCCUCGUUCGCCGGCGAAGUCGCGAUCGGGAUCGGGAGAAGGCGGCGCAACGUAUGACGGCCCAACGUAUGACAGCGACGAAGACGCCCAGUUCUUCGCCCCGAUGCCGCAGGACGCACCGCCGCGCGUACGAGAUGUUCCGACGGCGAAGCGUACUCGCGCUAUCGAGGACGACGGGGCUCAGCCCGCCAAGAAGAAGGCGCGCGAGUCCUCUGCCACCGUGAGCGGGUCAACCACGCCUGCUCCGAGCGAUGGCAGCUUUGGCUCUGCGGUCACUCUCGAGUUGCAGUCGUCGACGUGUCUGGCGAAGCGCCUCGAGGGCCAGAUCCGCUGCUGGCAGUGCAUCGCCCGCGGUCCUGGUCAUGGCUGCUCGUUCCAGGGACGUCGUUGGUUCGGACUCGAUGCGCGCGGCCGCAUCGUCGCAUCAGACUUCGCUUCGAGCAACGAGCCGCACGACGAGCCCGUGUACAAGCCGGCGUACACGGCGCCGAUGGACAAGAACUUUGUCUCGCUCCUCAAAACCUGGAUCGCGCCGGAUCUCGCCAAGACGCUCAAGCGCGAAGUCGACCUCGCCAAGCUUACCAACCCUGCGCCGAUGCGACGACGUCUCGACCUCGGCGUGCCCGACGUCUGCAAUACCUGCCAGUCAAUCUGCCUCAGCGGAUCGUACAUCUGCCACAUCUGCGGUCGCAUGGUCUGCCUCGACUGCAUGGACGCCCUCCAGCGCAUCGAGACCGACCCGAGCUACGUCACGUCGCAGGUCGACAUUCAGCGGCGCAAGAAGUGCGUCGCCAAGAAGCGCGGCAAGGACGCGACGGCCGCCGAGGACCACGACGUCUCGUGCUUCCGCUCGUUCGUCCGCUACGACGCCGCCGAGCUCCAACCGCUGUACAAGGAGGUGCAGCUGUGGGCGUCGAAGAACCACAUCAAGCCGCCCGGCACCGAUGUCGGCAAGUACCUCAAGAACAAGUUCUCCUUCCCGUCCAACUUGAAGGACUACGACGCCAACACGCACAACUGCUACAUCAUUUGGCUCAAGCAGCUCGAGGACUCGAUGUUCUACGAGCUCUGGCGCAACCGCUUCCCCAUCCUCCUCCGUCGGUGCCAGUUCGGCGACCUCGCCAAGUGGACGCCGCAGUACUUCAAGGAGAACUUUGGCGAUCUCAAGGUCGAGCUCAUCGACAACACCGACUGGACCAAGGUCUCCGAAUCGACCGUCGGCUCGUUCUUUGGCCAGUACCGAACAGACGGCUACACGCGGGCGGACGACAAGUCGGACUACAAGCCGACCUUCCGCACCAAGGACUUUCCGAACGAGCGUCAGUGGCAGACGGACUUCAAGGAGCUUCGUGACGCUUUCCUCGCCGUACUUCCGGUCUCGAACGUCAUGCAUCCCGACGGCGUCCUCAACUGCCUCGCUCACGCACCGACCAACGCCUCUCAGCCGGAUAUCAACAUCAAGCUGACGGCGUCGUGGGACACGAACGCUGCUACGGCGACGACCCGCUUGCAUCUGUCGAACGUCGAUGAGGGGCACUUCAUGUUCUGGGGCGGCUGCGACCCCGAGUCGGGCAAGAUGCUCCGCAUUCGGUACGACGUAUGGCGACCCGAGGAUGUUCCCAAGCUGCGCGACUACUGCUGGGACCUCAUCCACGACCAGAACCCGAGCAUUCCUAUCGAGAAGCUCAAGCAGACUCGCGACGACCCGCUCAUCAACCCUCAGCUGUACCUCACGAAGAGGAUGCGGGCCGCUUUGUGGACGAAGUACGGCAUCAAGCCUUAUCCGCUGUACCAGUACGAGGGCGACUUCAUCCUCAUUCCCGCUGGGUGCCCGUACCAAGUCAGCAGCUGGAUCGACCACAUGAACCUCUCGAUCUCGUUCCUUGCUGGCGCAAGUGUGCCGCAUGCUCGCGAAGUCGACGCGCUCGCCAAGAAGCAGACGAAGGAGCGAUCGCUCUCCCGCGAGGACAAGGUCGGCAUCGACACGCAGCUCCUCUGGACCUGGCUCUCCUGCACGGCCUUCGAAAAGUCGAAGAUCGGCAACAAGAAGAUUACGUCGAAGUUCUUCCCAGGGUGGGAGGUUCAGCAGCCCGGCGGACGCAUCAUUGUCCCUGCCUCGGAGCUCAAGCGACUCGACGCGAUCGCCAAAAGGGAGCGCGAUGCCGCCACCAAGGCCCGCAACAUCAAGGAGGCGGCAGCGGCGAAAGAGGCGGCGGAGAAGAAGGCGAAGCAGGCCCAAGAAGCGGCUGCGAAGAGGAACAUCAAGGUGGCGCGCAAGUCGUAUGCGCCAGAGCUCUUGUUCCCCAACGCCAACGCGAAGUGA